AUGUUCUCCAAGCUCAACUUCACCACCACCUUCUUCGCUAUCGCGGCGCUCCUCGUCACGGUCAACGCCCUGGCUGACAACCCUGUGGAUGCGUGCAACGGUUCAAACCACUAUGGUGUCGGUCACAGCUGUGCGUACUCCGGCGGCAGCGGCAAUACCGCGGGUACCAUCGAAGGCACUUGCCAGACCGACGACUCAGGAGAUCUCGUCUGCAUUCCAAACUGA